AGUUUUGCAAAAAGGAAAAGGGGAAAAUAGAUAAAGCAUCCUUAACCUCCAUCCCAGUCCCCCCCUCCUCAAUCUAGAGAAGCAAAAAGUACACAACUUGGGGUGGGGGGCAGUCCAAAGCAUUGUGAGCAGCAGCAGCAGCAGCAGCGCAACUGCACUAGUGAGAAGUGAGAAUCGCUUCCCCCGCCCCCAGACCCCCCUCAGUUGUCACUUCAGGCCCCCCAAUGAAGUAGAGUAAUUGCUUUCUACCUAAAGCAGAUUUGUCCAUUUUGUCUAUUUAGUCGAUGGGUUUGCGGUCGUUGAGAUGAUAUAUCCUCAAAAAACAAAGAGGGGGGAAGGCUCGGUGAAGUGAGAAGAAGUAAAGAUGCCUAGGCCAGGGCCAAGGCCUUAUGAGUGCGUGAGGAGAGCUUGGCAUAGUGAUAGGCAUCAACCCAUCAGAGGUUCAAUCAUCCAACGGAUUUUCAAGCUCGUCUAUGAAAGACACGGCGCUGUAACCAAGAAGAAUAAGGAAUGGCAAGCUAAAUUGCCUAUUGUGGUCUUGAAGGCUGAGGAAAUCAUGUAUUCCAAAGCUGAUUCUGAGGCUCAGUAUAUGGAUCUUGAAACAGUGUGGGAUCGGGUUAAUGAUGCUAUUGAUACAAUAAUUCGGAGAGAUGAGAGUACGGAGACUGGAGAGCUUUUGCCUCCCUGUGUUGAAGCUGCUCUUAAUCUGGGUUGUGUGCCGGAAAGAGCAUCCCGAAGUCAACGGCACAAUAAUCCUAGAACUUACCUGAGCCCCAGGACUCAAGAAGGCGGUUACGCAGCCUCAAAAGUUUCAGGUGGAAAUACUGAUGUACAAAAUCGUAGUCUACUACCUCCCUACUCGGGUAAUCAGUCGAACCUCGAGAGAUCCACCGGGAGUUUGGAGCCUUUGGUUUCAGAGUCUAACAGGCAUUUAGUGCCAAAUGUUAACAGCCCUUCUACUUCAUCAUCCAAGAAUUUAAAUUUUCCAACCGAUAGUCAGAUUGCCUGGAAGGAUGGCAAGGCUUCAUUCAACGUAGGUUCGGUCUAUCCCUUGUAUUAUGGCACCAGCUUCCAGCCUGAUAUCUCUAGGUCGGGCUCCCAAAAGCCGCACGUGUCGAAAGAUAUAAUUGUUGGUAGACCAAUUUUUGCAUCUGUUGAGAAGCCCGCCGAAAUAGGUUGCAUCAGGACGCUGUUGGCUAAUGAAGCAAAUUCAAUUGCGCCGAAGCAAGCAGAUGCUGGGGAGAAAAUGACGGAGGAACCUGAGGUAGAGUGCGACUUGUCCUUGAGGCUGGGACCUUUCUCCAACUCAAUGUUGUGCAGGGGAAAGGGAACAACUCUUGUUAAUGAUAAAAUAGAUCCAGCCAAUCCUAGUGAAAUGGGUGAGGUGAAGGUUGUAUCAUCAUCAUCUAGAGAGAAGGAUUUUUCCCUCUUUUCUCUAGAGACCACUAAUGAUCCCUCCAGCUUCUGUCUUGGUAGGUACAAUGUGGAGGGUGAAGGUCGUGAGAAUGUCGAAACAUUUCUUAGAAAGCGCAAGCUGCCUUUUGGUAGCAGUGCGGACAAUAGGCAAAUAUUAUGGCAAUUAAAGCCAACUCCUCACCACUUUGCUGAUCAAAUGAAAAAGCAGACUUCAUAGACCA